AGGACUCUUGCAUCUGUGGCUUCCUUCCAAACACUUGCCCAACUCUUACAGGAUAAUGAAGACUACAGGAAGUUGCUGUGUAGUUCUGUAUUUUGCCCUGACUUUUGCCUCGGCAGUACAGAAUAAGCUUGAUUCAAUCACUGACUUGAAGAAACUCAACUAUGGCCAAACUGUGCCCAAGCACAGUCUCAUGUUGCUCCAUUGGUUCGCCAACACAGUUGACAUCGACAAUAACGACAACAUAUGGCUGACUUUUGAUCCGAACGUUGGAGAUUACGGCUCACAUCACUAUGGCAACUACGAGGGGCUGUUGGAGCCGCUGCCUCGGGGAAAUGGAUACCGGUACUACACUAUUGGCAACCUCAAUCAAGAAACAUCCGUGCCUCUUCCACCUUACGUUGUCCAUCCCCCAAGGCAGUAUGUGGGGAGAAACAGGGACAGGGUCAUAAUUCGUGUCAGGGUGCAGAACACGGGAUGGAGAGAUUUGCAGAGAAUAGACCAAGUGUAUAUAACGCAGCAUUAUGACACUUCUGAACACCAGGGUACGCCUUAUGAUCCAGAUCACACCUACCAGAUCGCUACGAACCUCUUAAGACAGAUCAGAGAGUUUUCUGUGGGAGAAAACCAACAACCACUGUGGUAUCUCAGAAGGCGCUUUGGAAGCAACGCUGAUGAUUUAGACAUCAGAAACACGUGGGGGGACCUGGCUAGCCUCGGACUGCUGUUGUUUAUUGUGAUCCAGGAAAAGUUCUCCGCCAACCAACACAACAAUGGACAUGGAAACAGGAGAAACCUUAGGGCCAAUGAUGCUUCGACAAACAGGAACAAUGUUCCGAGAGGUUUUCCAAACCCAGUUGACUUUGUAGUGGAUUUGGAGGAUUAUGAGGUCCCUGAAACCAGCGAGGCAACUGGGAACAGAGAAUCAGACAGUGACAAUAUCCCAGUACCCCGGUGCAAGACCCGGAUGUCAUUCUGUUGUAUUUGCUGUACCGUUACUGUAUGUUUGGUUUUAUUGUGCAUCAUGGCAGUUUUUUUGUAUAAGAGAAUUUCAAACAAUUGAUUCUGGAACCGCAUGCAGCAGUGGGAAGAGUGCAAAUAUAAAAGUGUAAGACAACAAUAAGGUUAAAAUAAGGCAAAAUCAGGUUAUCAGUAUGGACCACAAAUAUAUGUAGGUGAACAACAGGAAGUCAGUCUAGGUGAGGUUGUAUAUAGAUAUUUAGAUGAAAUAUUUAACCUGAAGUCACGGUAGUCUGACAGUACACGAUAAGUAAAUAA